GUCAACUUUUCAGUUAUUCAGUCAGUGCCACGCCAGUGACGACACGUUUCCCCCGUUUUGCCGUGCAAAUUUGAUGACAAUUUUUUGUUUUCCGCUGGCCUCUGAAAGCUACCGGAUUUAAUACCGUGCGUGUUGGUUGAUUUUAUCACAUUUCGGAUCAACAGUGUCCUGACGGCCAGUGGAAAAGGGGGAUUGUGUUGACAGGUGGGGCUUGUUUUUAAGCCGUUUGCUGGGUCAUGGUUUUUGGCGUAGUUUUAGCGAAUAAAAAAAUGCUCAAUUCGCCUGCAGCACUUGUUGUUUUGUCACCAUAAAUAAUCAAGUGUCUAUGCUGUCAAGCGUGCAAGUUGACGAAUCAUAAAAUGUCAUAUUCAGAGUAAUUUUAUUAGCAUAAGCCCGUUAGUAGCUUGUGGGUGGCUGUGCGACUCGCAUUUUACUCCUUUCGUUCCUCAGACGUAGGGAUAAAGUCGUAAAACCGAAAGACGAAAAGCAAAUAUAGUGAAAAGUCGCAAAUUAUGAAUGUAAUAAAAGACACAAACAGAACCCAGCGGGAUCACGACGUCGUAAGGCCGAGCCUGGACGCCAAAAGGACGAACUUUGCGAUGCAGAGCUUUAAACUGAUUCAACAGCUGCAAUGAUUACUUUUUGAUGGGAAACAAUCGACUUCUCGACGAGGUUCUCAUGCUGCCAAUCCAAUGCUCAUUGUUCCAGAAAAUGGUCCUUAAACUGCCAUUCCUGAUGACUUCCACGCUGCUGUGGCUCUACCGGAUGAAGAUACCGGACGUGGCAACUUCGUACUGCUCGGUCACGUGUCACCAGUUCCAGCGAACCGAGCGGACCGCUUUAUACGAGUUCGUGACCCACAGCGGAACGGUCGAUAAGUGGCUAAGUUUGGCAUCAUUUGUGACCACCGACCAGCGAUCGAUGGGAAUCGGGAAAAAGUACAAAGUUAUCAUGGAUCAAACAAUACUCCACUUCAAUGUAACCGACCACAUUGCCGGAGAAUACCUGGCACUGGAAGCGUCAAUGAAUGUCCUUCAUCCGCGGUUAGAAUUAUGGUUUUUUGCCCACCCGUUGGCCACCGAUGAUGACAGGAGUGGAAGCUCAAGGGUUGAAUUACCACCACAAUCAUAUUUGUCACCAGCAUCAUCAUCAUCAUCAUCAGCAGCAUCAGCAGCAUCAGCAGCAUCAGCAUCAUCCGGUGUGGUAGAAUUGCCACCGCAAACCAAUCAUGAUUAUGAUACUGGGCAGGAAUCGGCCGGAUGGCGUGGAACAGUGACUACGGAUUGGAUCGCAAAUGGUAUUAGUGGUGGUGUGGAGCACCAUCGACAUUACCAUCGCCGCCAUCAUCACCAUCAUCAUCAUCAUCAACAUGAACUCCGACAGGGAGCCCGGCAGCAUCACAGCAGUUUGGAAUUGAGGUUUUAUUUCAAGCAUAAUUCAUUUUUAUUUCAGGUGAUUAAAAAUCCUUUCUACCGUGGAGAUGCUUUUUGGUGCCACGUUUUUUUCGCGUACCCUUGGAUCACUGAUGCGUCAAAUUUUGCAGCGUCAUUUUCAAAGAUCACUUCGGCAUUUGGAGCUGAUUUUGAACAACAUGGAUUCGUUCGGUCAAUAGGAUGGAGAACUUUAGGAAGGAAGUUUCUCAAAAAAGUAAUUAAAAGUUUUAGCAGAGAACGUUUUUGUUUCAUUUCCUGUGCCAUUCUUGUUCGAAUUGGUGAGACAUCUGUAAGUAACGGUAGAAGAAACUAUUACUUUCGAAUAAUCAAAUUAUUAUUAUUGUAAUGAAAGGACGUAUUUGAUGUUGCUGAAAAUUUAACGAUGUUGAAAUUUUCUUAUGGACUACUAGAAAAAUAACUACCUAUCUUAAAUAAUACUGUGUGAGCAAAAGUUGAAGUGAUGAACAAGCAAAUUUGGGUAAAUAAAAAAAUUUGAACCAAA